UUCGUGACGUCACACCCUCAGCGUGUCAGCGCGAGCUGAGGAGUAGAGCUGCUGUUCAUAUCAUUUUUAUUUCAUAUCGCAAUAAAUCCAUCACCAAUCCAGACACAUCAUGGCGCACGGGCUGAAAGAACGCUUCGAUAAGUUUCUUUACGAGAAAAAUUUGAUGACGGAAGUGCUGGCGAAGAUCGAGGCGAGGACCGGAGUAAACAGGUCCUACAUCGCGUAUGCUGUCAUCGCGUUCAUUGCGGUUUAUCUGGUGAUCGGAUACGGCGCUUCUCUGCUCUGUAAUCUAAUCGGAUUCGUCUAUCCUGCGUACAUAUCAAUCAAAGCCAUUGAGAGCGCGACCAAAGACGACGACACCAAAUGGCUGACCUACUGGGUGGUUUACGGCGUCUUCAGCAUCGCGGAGUUCUUCGCUGAUAUUUUCCUCUCCUGGUUCCCUUUCUAUUUUCUGGGAAAGUGCGCUUUCUUGGUUUGGUGCAUGGCUCCCACUCCAUCAAACGGCUCCGUUCUGAUCUACACGAGAAUCAUCCGGCCCUUCUUCCUAAAGAACGAAGCCAAGAUCGACAAUGUGAUGAAAGACAUCACGGAUAAAGCGUCAGAGGCGGCAGACAAGUUUAAAGAUGAAGCCAAAAAAGCCACUGCCAACCUGAUAUUCGAGGAGAAAAAAACCUACUAAAAUCCACAGCCAUUUCAACUACAUCCUGUCCUCCAGGAUGACUCUUGCCUGAAUAAAUGUUGCCUUUCUAUGCUUAUUUUUCAAACUGGAAGUGGGCCGGUUACUGUUACUCCUUUUGCCCGUGCCCGUCUUUGAACUUGUGGCAGCCAUAUUAGAUUACAUGACAGACAAGUCACCAUAGUUGUGUUUAAGCGGGUAAGACGUAGAUCACGUUACAAGAUAUCCAGUGACGCUCACCCUGCGACGCUUCAGUGCAACUUCCCUUUCUUUCCUAAAAACUUCGUUAGCCUUGGCUUGUAUUAUAAGGUCAUAAAAUACUUUUAUCUUGCACCUUAGGUCAUUUAGCAUACGCAUUUUAAGAUCUAUUUAUGUGCGACGAGGUUUGUGUUUGUAGGAAUGUCUGUUCUGAUCACAUCAGUGAAACUGUAAGCAUACAAAUCAUGCAUUUGAAAUAAAAUAUUAAAUGAUUGGAA